AUGUCCGAGUCUGAUAUGACCAUGGCGGUGACGCCGUCUGAGAAAGAGUUCAAAGAAAUCGAACGACUCGACAGCCGACAUUCCCGCGAGCCAGUGAUUCUGGGAAACGUCGCGAUCGACCGCAACUCGCUCGAUGCCGCUGCCUUUACGAGCGCGGGCCAGCUUUUGCCCUACUACUCGACGCACUUUCUACCGGGCUACUCGAAGGCACAGGUGGCUUGGAUCGGCUCCGUGCAGCCGCUGAUGGUGUUCUCGCCCGCGGUGCUCACCGGCCGCUUCUUCGACGUGCACGGUGCGCGCAUCCAGUCCGUCUCCGGCACGCUCAUCGCUUUCGGCGCCAUUGUCGCCCUGUCGUUCAGCAAGGAGUACUACCAGCUGCUCCUGUCGCACCUCUGCUUCGGUAUUGCUGGUGGGCUGGUCUACGCACCGUCGACGGCGGUGGCCGGUCACUGGUUCCUGAAGCGCCGCUCAACGGCCGUCGGUAUCAUUGUCGGCGGCAGCGGUCUCGGCGGUGUCAUCUACCCGAUCUGCAUGAAGGUCAUGCUCGACAAGCUUUCGUUCCGGAACACAAUGCUGUUUAUUGCGGGCUGUAACCUGGUGCUCAUGGCGCCGGGGUGCGUGUGGAUGAAGGCCCGGUUGCCGCCCAAGACGCCUCCGCCCUGGCGCACGCUCCUGAAGCCAUGGCACGACUUGCGCUUUGUGUUUCUUGUCCUCUCGUGCUCAACGUACGGCUUUGGUCUUCUUACCGGCUACUUUAACGCUCCCACGCUCGCGACCGGAAACAAGCUAUCGCCCAACCUCAUUGCGUACUCCGUUGCGAUCCUGCAGGCCGGCUCUUUUGUCGGCCGCAUCGCGUACGGCAUGUUCGCAGACCGCUUCGGCGUCGGACCCACCUUCGGCUCCCUCGCCUUCUCAACCUCCGUCACAUACUACGCCUUCUGGACGCCAAACACGGGCCCCGUCGGGACGUGCUUCGGCCUCGUCCUCUUUGGCAUCUUCUCCGGCGCUUGGUUCACCCUCGCGGCCAGCGCGACGGCUCACAUCUCCCCGCCCGAAGAGCUGGGGAGCAGAAUCGGCAUGAUGUGGACGAGCAUAGCAAUCCCCGUCCUCCUCGGUCCGGUCAUCAGCGGCUACCUUGUAUCGGCCGCUGGCGAAUCGCGCUUCACGUACGCCGGCAUCUUUGCCGGCAGCACGAUGCUGAUCUCGGGUCUCCUCUAUGUCGCGCCGCAUCUGUGGCGUCUCGUCAGGCGCUCCAAAGAAUCAAACGCAGCCUAA